AGCCGGCCCGGCCAUGGCCGCGGCCCUCGAGCCAGCGGAGGCCGAGCCGUGCCCGGAGCCCCCCGCGCACCGGCUGAGCGUGGCGGAGCUCGACCGUGAGCUGGACUCUCGCUGCGAGCUGAUUGAUGACAAAGAAUUUGACAUUCCUCAAGUUGAUACCCCUCCAACGCUGGAGAGCAUCCUAAAUGAGACUGAUGAUGAAGAAGAAUCUUUCAUUUUGGAGGAUCCCUUUCUCUUGAACAUCGAUAACACGGAUACACACUCCUAUGACACCUCUUCUGUGGCCAGCUCUGACAGUGGGGACAGGACACACCUGAAGAGGAAGAAAAAACUCCCAGAUUCUCUCUCACUCCAUGGAUCAGUGAUACGGCUCUCACUCCUGAAAGGAAUUUCUGCCCAGAUAGUGUCUGCAGCAGACAAAGUGGAUGCUGGCUUGCCCACUGCAAUCGCAGCAUCAAAUCUGAUAGCAGUGGGGACUUCCCAUGGGUUAGCACUGAUAUUUGAUCAGAACCAGGCUCUCCGGCUGUGUCUGGGCAGCACCGCGGUUGGGGCCCAGUACGGGGCCAUCUCUGCUCUCAGCAUCAACAAUGACUGUUCCAGGCUGCUCUGUGGCUUUGCAAAAGGACAGAUCACCAUGUGGGAUCUGGCCAGUGGGAAGCUGCUGCGCUCAAUAACCGAUGCCCACCCUCCAGGAACAGCCAUUUUGCACAUCAAGUUUACAGAUGAUCCGACACUUGCAAUCUGCAAUGACAGCGGAGGCUCCGUCUUUGAACUGUCAUUUAAGAGGGUUAUGGGAGUGAGGACGUGCGAGUCUCGGUGUCUCUUCAGUGGCUCCAAGGGGGAAGUUUGCUGUAUUGAGCCAUUGCAUGCAAAGGUUGAUUUGAGAGACCAUCCUAUCACCCAGUAUUCACUGCUGGCCAUGGCCUCCCUCACUAAGAUCCUGGUUAUCGGCCUGAAGCCAUCUCUGAAAGUGUGGAUGACCUUUCCCUACGGUCGUAUGGACCCUUCGAGUGUCCCUCUGCUGGCGUGGCACUUCGUGGCUGUGCAGAACUCGGUGAACCCCAUGCUUGCCUUCUGUCGAGGAGAUGUCGUGUACUUUCUUCUGGUCAAGAGGGAUGAUAGUGGUGCAAUACAUGUCACGAAGCAGAGGCAGCUUCACCUACACUAUGAUCUCAUCAACUUUACCUGGAUCAACUCACGGACAGCGGUGCUGCUGGACAGUGUGGAGAAGCUGCACGUCAUAGACCGUCAGACUCAGGAGGAGCUGGAGACCAUCGAGAUCUCAGAGGUUCAGCUGGUCUACAACAGCAGCCACUUCAAGUCUCUGGCCACGGGGGGCAAUGUCAGUGAGGCCUUGGCACUGGUUGGAGAGAAAGCUUGUUACCAGUCCAUCAGCAGCUGUGGCGGUCAGGUCUUUUACCUUGGAACUAAGUCUGUUCAUGUCAUGACAUUGAGAAGUUGGAGAGAGAGAGUUGACCACCUUCUGAAACAAGAACGUCUCACAGAUGCCCUGGCUCUUGCGUGGUCCUUUUAUGAAGGUAAAGCAAAGGCUGUUGUAGGCUUGUCUGGGGACACGAGCAAGAGGAAAGCAGUCAUUGCUGACAGAAUGGUUGAAAUCCUUCUCCAUUAUACCGAUCGGACUCUGAAGAAAUGUCCUGACCAAGGGAAAAUCCAGGUUAUGGAGCAGCACUUUCAGGAUGUGGUGCCUGUCAUCGUGGAUUACUGUCUCCUGCUGCAGCGCAUGGAUCUAUUAUUUAACCAGAUAUAUGACAAGAUGAGUGAGAACUCUGUAGCCAAAGGCAUCUUUCUGGAGUGCUUGGAGCCGUACAUCUUGAGUGAUAAGCUGAUGGGAAUCACAGCUCAAGUGAUGAAAGAUUUGCUGCUUCACUUCCAAGACAAGAACAGGUUGGAAAACUUGGAAGCCUGCAUUGUGCAUAUGGAUAUCACCAGUUUAGACAUACAGCAGGUGGUUCUGCUGUGCUGGGAAAACCGCCUGUACGAUGCCAUGAUCUACGUCUACAACAGUGGGAUGAACGACUUCAUCAGUCCCAUGGAGAAGCUGUUCAAAGUCAUUGCUCCUCCUCUGAAUGCUGGAAAGUCUCUCACAGAUGAGCAGGUGGUGAUGGGCAACAAGCUGCUUGUGUAUAUAAGCUGCUGCUUGGCAGGCCGUGCAUAUCCGUUGGGUGAUAUUCCUGAAGAUCUGGUACCCUUGGUGAAAAAUCAGGUGUUUGAGUUUCUGAUCCGGCUGCACUCAGCUGAGGGCUCUGUGGAUGAGGAGGUGUAUCCCUAUGUUCGCACCCUGCUGCACUUCGACACACGGGAAUUCCUCAACGUGCUGGCUCUGACUUUUGAAGACUUUAAGAAUGAUAAGCAAGCUGUGGAGUAUCAACAGAGAAUUGUGGACAUUCUUCUGAAAGUCAUGGUGGAGAAUUCUGACUUCACCCCAUCACAGGUUGGCUGUCUCUUUACCUUCCUUGCCCGGCAGCUCGCCAAGCCCAACAACACCUUGUUUGUCAACAGGACACUGUUUGACCAGGUGCUGGAGUUCCUGUGCAGCCCGGAUGACGACUCCCGGCACUCUGAGAGGCAGCAGGUCCUUUUGGAGCUGCUCCAGGCAGGAGGGAUUGUGCAGUUUGAAGAGAGCCGCCUUAUCCAAAUGGCAGAGAAGGCUGAGUUCUAUCAGAUUUGUGAGUUCAUGUACGAGCGGCAGCUUCGCUACGACAAAAUCAUCGGCUGUUACCUGCGGGAUCCCCUGAGGAAGGAAGAGGUUUUCAACUACAUUCACAACAUCCUGUCCAUGCCUGGCUACAGUGCUGAGGAGAAGCAGCUGGUGUGGCAGAAAGCUUUGGACCAUAUAGAGGAGCUGCUGGUGCUGAGCCCAGGUAAAGCAGCUGACCUGGCAGCCAUUCACUUCAGCGAGCAGAUCGAGAGCAUCAUCUCAAACCUGCAGGACCAGUUCUUGCUCUUCCAGUUCCUGAGGAGUCUCCUUGAUCCAAGAGAAGGCAUUAACCAAGACCUGCUACACCUCCCACCCUGUAUCACUGAGCAGUUCAUCGAGCUGCUCUGUCAGUACAGCCCUGACCAGGUUCUGGAGACACUCAAAGUUCUAGAAUACUGCAGACUGGAGGAAACCAUCCAGAUAACCCAAAAACAUCAGCUCCAUGAGGCUUCUUCAUAUUUACUAGAGAAGAAGGGAGAUAUCCAUGGUGCCUUUUUGGUUAUGCUUGAGCGAUUGCAGAGCAAGUUGCUGAUGCUUACUCAAGAUGAUGAAAGCUCAGCUGAACCCUCCUUGCUAGAAAAUAUUGAAGAUACUUUAAUGAAAACAAUUGCUCUUUGCCAGAGGAAUUCUCAUAGUUUAGACCAGCAGCAGAGAGAGGCCCUCUGGUUUCCCCUGCUUGAGGCCAUGAUGUCCCCACAGAAAUCCUCCGGUUCGUCGCAGUGUCCAUACUCUGAAUCUCUGAAGAGUUUGACAAUGCAAGUGCUGAACAACAUGGCUGCGUUUAUUGCCCUUCCCUCAAUCCUGCAGAGGAUUCUCCAGGAUCCAGUUUAUGGAAAAGGGAAACUUGGAGAAAUUCAAGGGCUUGUCCUGGGAAUGCUGGACACUUUUAACUAUGAACAAACCCUUCUGGAGACAACCACGAGCCUUUUAAACCACGAUCUCCACUGGUCCCUGUGUAACCUGAGAGCCUCUGUCACCAGAGGCCUUACCCCCAAGCAGGAUUACUGCUGCAUCUGUCUCCAGCAGUACAAAAGGAGGCAAGAAACUGCUGAUGAAAUCAUUGUGUUCAGCUGUGGCCACUUGUACCACUCGCUGUGCCUGCUGAGUAAGGAGUGCGGGGUGGUCACCAAGGGCAUCAUGAGGUGGAUGUGCUACAAAUGCAACUCGAGCAACAAGGGAGGGAAGCUGAGUGAGAACUUCUCAGAGCUGAAAAAAGGAACUGCAGCAUCCCUGGCACAGAUGAGUUCAGAGUCUGUGUUGGAUCCUCAGCAAAUCCAAGCUUUUGACCAGCUCUGCCGACUCAACCGAGGCACCUCCCGACUGGCUCUCCUGACAGAGCUGGCACGUGGGGGCCACGGCGGCAGUGACAAGCACGGGCUGCUGAGCGUUUCCCACGGGGACCCGGCCUCCAGCAGCGUUUUCCAGAAUGAGAACUUCCAGCUGCACCUGACGCCCCCUCCGCUGACUGAAGAGUAGCGCUGCUGCCCCGGCCGGGCCACGGCUGCUCCCGGGGCGUGGUGCCUGGAAGUUUUCCCACCACCACGGGCUUCUCCCCCACACCGCCUUUCCCAGGACCCACCGUGCUGACCCUCACCGGGCACUGGGGGUCAUCGGUGGGUGAUGCCUCAGCUCUGCUUUGGCAGUGGUGGGGCAGCUGAGCUGGAACUCCAGGACAAGCCCCAGCAUGCUGAGGCACCCGGCCUGUGCUGUGCCAGGGACUCAUGGCGGCAGCAGGAACUCCUCUAAGUAAUUGAAUCAGCUCUGCUCCUCUGGAGGAGCCUGUCCUGUGCCCAGAGGCCCUGUGUCCCCGUGCUGUGCUGGUUCUGUGGCUGGGGGCCACACCUGAGUUCUGUGUUCUGCUAAAAGCAGCUAUUCAGCAAGGCCUAACCUUGCUGUCUCAUGGCAGCAGCCAGGGGGUCUGAGGGCACAGAAUGGGCAAAUCUGGAGAAGGCUGAAGAACACAGGAAAUGACACCUGAGUGAGCAAACUGACCUGCACAUAUGGUGUUCUGCCAACCCAUUAAAGAGGUCCUUGAUUGAAGUUCCCUGUGUGACCUCUGCACUUCUGUGAGUGUGCUGCUGGUAAGAGAAAGAUCCAUCUUGUGCCUGUGGGUGAAGCUGAACCCUCCCCUGUCACUUUGUUGUACCUGUGUUGGCGGUGGGAGGAGUGUGUCUCUAAAAAAGGUGCCUCAGGCCCUUGGGAGCUGCACGGGGUGAGGGGUAGGUGUGAUGGGCACUGAUGGUCCCAGAAUCUUUAACACUUUGCUCUCAGCACUGCACACCAAUGUUGGUGGAGUUUCUGUACUGUCACACACACUCCUCUUCCUGUGCUCACUUUAGCACUGACACUGGGGUGUUUUGGGGUGCCCUCGGGGUCCCAGCUGAUCCCAGAGCACAGCACCAGGUGGGUGUUGCUCUCCCUGCACACAGAACUCCUGUGGCUGAUCUGUGCAGAGCUCAUGGAAUGGCAGGAACACGGGAAGCACCAGAUGUUGUGCAGAGCUCACCUGGGCAGGAGCAGUGCCACACAGCUGAGGCAGCUCUUUCCAGCUGAGUCACAGCUGGGCCAUGAGGCUGCCCACCAGCCCCAGCACCCACCAAGGCCUGGUGUGCUCCCCUUGGUUCUUCCCUUUGUCUGCCCUGCUCCGGGGUGUGUCAGGGCUGCCAUCGGAAGCUGUGAGCAGCUCUUCCUUUGCUGAAAGUCCUGGAAUGCUUCUCUCUAGCAUGGAAAGCACACAGGCAGUUAGGACACGUAGGAGGCCAGUUGUUCAGUAUUUUAUUCAAGAGAAAAUAUACACACACCUCUCCCUGGCAGGGGGAGCAGCCAGCCCAGGGCAUGGCUGCAACAACACGGCCACACCCGCGUUUGUGCAAAGGAAGGAGCCCCGUUUUCCGCGGGAGCGUUCCCGAGCGGGGUGUGUGAUGGAGCAGGAGAUCCCCGCGGCCGAGCCCCGCCCGAGCGCUCUCCAGCAGCCCCAGCGCUCCCCAGAGCGCCGCUGACAUUUUCCAGGAGCAACAGAAGGAAGAGGCAGCUUAUUGUGCUUAAGACAUCUGAACAAAUCCUGGGUAGGAGACACUCACAGCUUGUGGGUAUUGCUAAUUACUUACAGUUAAGAAAGAAUGGAUCCUGACGAGGAUCGGGCCCUGUGGAGUCUCUGCCACCAGCACCCCCGAGGCCACCGCGCUCCCAGCCAGUGCCCAGGCAGGGCUGUGGCUCCUGCUUGCCUGCAAACAAGGUGAGCUGUGCUGGGCAGGGGGUCCUGCUCACCUUCCCUGCCCUCGGUGCCCCAGAGAGAGCUGGUGAGGAGCUCCCUGCCCUUGGCAAAGGCUGUGCUGUGCCAGCCCACCCAUCCUGGGAAGGAGAAGCCAUUCCCAGGGGAGGAAGAGCCUUCCUCUUUAUGGGAGGAAAACUCAGAGGCCGGGCAUGAGAGUGAGCUCGUUCAGCUCUCCACUCAGGUUACAAUUGAAAGGUUAAAUAUGAAUAAAUGCUGUAGGUUUAUACAUAAUGCUUCCUUCUACCUAUGGAAUGUGUCUGAAUGGUCCAAAGACACCAAAAAUGUUAAAAACUGUAGUUAGCCAAGAAAGACAACCCCACCCUUAAAAAUGAAAUAAAUCCUAUGUAGUUUUACUACAGCCUUUGUUUAAAUGCGCUCAGAAAAACAGAGUAUUUUCAGGUGCCUUGUGAGAAUGUAUCCGUUCAUGCAAUGGCCCAAGUUCCUCGUUUCACAAGCAUUGCACAUUUUUAUGUAAGUCAUCAAAACUAUAAAACCUAUUUUUGUCUGAAA